AUGUAUCCGACCACACUAACGCAGUUGUCCCGGGCUAAUCCAUUCAACGCCCCGCUCUUCUCCCUCCAAGAAAUCGAGGAGCCCAAACAGAGCCUUCCCGCAAAUGGACAGAGCCGCAACCUCGCUGCCGCAACAAUCGCUGGUAAAUCAAGGUUCUGCAUGCUAACAAGUGCAGUUAGCAAGUAGCUAGCUAGCAAGCGAGCAAGUACGCAGCCAGCUGAAUCAAUGACAAUGAUGAGACGAGAUACCGAUUUUAUUCACCAUGUGUUAUUUAAUGGAUAUGACAGUUUGUUGGUCAAACGUUUAACGGUACCUAGCCACUGUCAUGAAAUGUGUAAUGUCAAAGACAGGCUAGGCCUUGUCUAUGGAGGACAUGGAAGGGCAAAUGUAAACUUUGAAAUAUGCUGCAGGUGUUUGAACUGAAUUAAUUUCGUCCCCCAAUCGCUGUUUAAAACUAAGGUGAGAGGCCCCUGACUUAAAAGGGCAAAGUAGAAGUUAGGCGAAUGUCUGUGUAUUGCUUUCUAGCACACCAACCAGCUAAAGAUAUGCGUGUGACCCCUAGACGUUCAUUGGUUCUCAUUUCAGAUACGUUUGACAAGUUUUGUCAAGAUUUAGGAUCACUUGAAAUACUAUCCCUUUUGUAGCCUAAAGCAUGGCCUUCAACAACCCCUCAGUCAUAUUCUGACAACAUUUCAUUGUUGCUUUACAUUUUUCUAUGGAAUAUUUUUUGUUUUCACGGAUUAGCCAGCCUAGUUCUGAAGGUGACAUUAGCUAUUUUUUAACCACGAUAUUUGGGUAAGGCUUUUGGUUCGUUUUAGAGCUUGCUGGCCAGUGCCCUUUUUUAAAAUAGCAUAAACACUGUGUGCUGGUUGGUUGAUUAGUUAUACAGCUAGUCUGCUCUGCUGGUACAGUGCCUGUUGCACAACAGUCUGCCCUCACAAGGAGUAAAUGUUCUAUUUGUGCAUGGCUCUUUGCACCUGUGAAAUAGGCCUAUGCAGACUACAUAGGACAGGACACACACAAUUAAGCUCCACUUGCAUUUGCCCUUUAGCCUAGUGAAGAUGCAGCUUGCUCUUACUACCACUUUUCUAAUGAUCAACACCAAGUCCCCGUUUUGAAAGUAUUGCCUGACUCUUUCUUCAGAGGGAGACAGCUGUGAGUUCGGCUCACGGAAGUAUUUACUCCUGUGUGGGUUUGGUGGCAUCAUCAGCUGUGGCACCACACACGCAGCCCUAGUGCCCCUCGAUCUGGUCAAAUGCAGAAUGCAGGUCUGUCUAUCCCUGUGGCCUGGUGCCACUUAAAACCCAACACACUGUUUUUCUUAUUUUUAUGCAUUCAUUUGCAUGGGAGAAUGGAUGUAUCAAGCAGCCCUGUUUUGUGCAGUCGUGGUGGAGUGUUUGUCAUUGUUCCUCCUGUUUUAUCCCACUUGAUCACCUGAUUUUAUUGUUUUAGAAUGACCCACAUCGCAUGUUAAGUGUGUGAUUCACAAUCACCAGUUUUAUUGUUUAAUGAACCUCCCUGCCUGCUACCAUUCCCCUUCUCAAUCCACAGUUAAAGGACUUGUAGGUCACUGGAAGGUCAGGAGUGACAAUGGAAAAAUGUGUUCAGAAUGUUCACCCUGCUAUUUAUAACAUGAUCAAAGUGCAGCUAUGCAUUGCUAGAAUGUAGCCUAUAGCUUUAUACUGUAAGUAGGUCCAAAGGCCCAAGUAAUUUACACCUCAAUUGAAUUAUUUCCAGCUUUAAAGUGAAUAGAGUAUAAACGAUUUAUGCAGGCUAUAUGUAUUAUUUCAACUAACUAUACAGCUGAUGCUUCAACAAAAUCGUUUUUUUAAGUAAAAGCUGUUAGACAUUUGAGUCAAGUUAGAAUUCUCAACGUUUCUUUUUUUUUUAACCAAUGAUGUUUAUCCCUAACUUAUGAUUAGUUGAUCAAUGAGUGAAAGAAAUCAUGGGUAUAUAAUCACAAUCAGUUAGUCAAUUUAAAAUCACAAGCAGGGUUGGGCUCAGUUCCUUUUCAAUUCAGGAAGUGCAUUGUAAACUGAUUCAAAUUGUAAGCAAUUAUCAUAGAAAACCAUUGAGGUAAAUUGGAAUGUCAGUUUACUUCCUGAAUUGAAAAGGAAUUGACCUAAACCCUGAUUCACAAGUGUUUGAAAUUUGAACUGACUCAUUCCCUGGUGUGUUCUAAUGUAAUGGUGGCAUGUUUGUUGGUGAUUAUUAUCCUGUGUUGCAUGUGUCGUGACUGCAUGGUGUGCACGUAUUGUUGUGUAUUUUGCUGCAGACUCUGCAGAUGUGAGCUGUGAGUUUGGCUCAACAAAGUACUAUGCCCUGUGUGGCUUUGGGGGUAUCCUGAGCUGCGGCCUCACACACACAGCUGUUGUACCCCUCGACCUUGUCAAAUGCCGCAUCCAGGUUUGUGGUACCCCCUGUAGCUGUCUGCUGUGUGAAGGCCUCCAUAGCUCCUGUAAGAAAAGGUGCCCAAUCCCAAAUCUACCCCUAAGAAGUUAGUUUAAACUUUAUUGUCCCAGAGGGAUUGUUCCACAAUUGUGGCAUUACAAUUCAAGACCUUGCAGUCCAAAUUUACCCUUAAUUCCUAUGCACUUGAAUAGAUGAGGAAGAAAUUGGGUGGAAAACUCGAUUUGGGAUUGGGCAGACGUUUCCUGUAGAUUAGCAGCCAUCAGGUAAAUCACUAGCUAUCAGUAGUAAUGUUCACCUGGAUAACCCCCUAGUUCACAACCUGAAACCUAGCUAGUAUUAUUUUUUUGGAUAUAAACAUGGCCUAGAACCCUUAGAUAAAAUUACCUAGAUUUCAGCCCAUAAGGCUCUAGACUAGUCUACCCCUAUUGUUCCCUUGACCCUCGACUAAUCGAUUGGUUUUUCUUCCUUAGGUGGACCCUGACAAGUACAAGAGCAUUGGCAAAGGCUUCUCCCUCACAUUGAAGGAGGAUGGAGCCCGAGGGCUGGCUAAGGGCUGGGCCCCUACCUUCAUCGGCUACUCCAUGCAGGGUCUCUGCAAGUUUGGCUUCUAUGAGAUGUUCAAGAUCUUCUACAGCGACAUGCUUGGAGAGGUCAGUCAGGGGUAGGAACCAAUGUGGGUAGAAACCAACACGGUGUUAUUCCCUGGUUUACACUGUUUUAAAGGGACACUUCACCCACCAAAAAUGGUAAAUUACAUGCUAAUUAGCAGACGCUUUUAUCCAAGUACUGUACGUGACUUUGAACCCAUGACAUUGGUGUUGCUAGCCCACACUGGACCACAGCUCACCUCGCCCCCUCUCAUCUAACAGGAGAACACCUACCUGUGGAGGACAUCCCUGUACCUGGCUGCGUCUGCCAGUGCAGAGUUCUUCGCUGACAUUGCCCUGGCCCCCAUGGAGGCGUGCAAAGUGCGUAUCCAGACCUGCCCUGGCUACGCCAACAACCUCAGACAGUGUGCUCCCAAGAUGUUCGCAGAGGAGGGAGUAUGGGCGUGAGUAGAUAUUGUAUUUGUGUUUGAGGUGUUAUAUUUGUUUUGGAGGCUGUAUAACCUGUAAAAGUAUUCAACCCUUCUCAUGGACAGCUACGAGGUGUGUAUGCUUUUGUUCCUACACUAGGUGAACAAAUUUGCUUCAACUUGAUUAGAUUAUUUGGGUGUUUCUUGGCUGGUAUGGAACAUAAGCCUGCAAAAGUAAUUAAUUAUUGCUCCCCAUAGCUGAUUUGUUAGGUUACCAAACAAACACGUUCCUUAGAUCCACCUCUGGAGGGCACUCCUGUGCUGGUGCUGUUGUCUCUGCGUGCUGCAGCUCCAGCUUGGAGGCCCUCAGCAGCUUUUUGGCUGUACAGUUGGAGGUGCUUGAGUCAUUGGCGUGUGAGAGCAGUCUACCUGCCUCCCAGCAACCCAGCUGCACUGGCAACCCUCAGUUCCACUGGCGGGACCCUACCAGUACAGCUUUGCUGGGGGAUAGACAAUCACCUAGGCCCUAAUGGUAUUUCCCAGGUUUGCGCCUUGAUAGUCUAACAUAGUUUGUUCUCAUAUUGUUUACACUCUUGUGUGGGGAAAAAUGGACUGGGGAAAGUCAGUGCCUUGUUAGUAACCACCGUAUUGCUUUCACCUAUGGUUUCUGAUCAGAGAGACGAGAACAGAAAUCUGAAUGGAACUGACACUCUUCCUUCUCUCUCCCCACCCCAUCCUUUCUCUCAGGUUCUACAAGGGUGUGGUUCCCCUGUGGAUGAGGCAGAUCCCCUAUACCAUGAUGAAGUUUGCCUGCUUUGAGAGGACUGUGGAGCUGCUCUACAAACACGUGGUGCCCAAACCCCGCGCUGAGUGCACCAAGGGAGAGCAGCUGAUCGUCACCUUCACGGCCGGCUACAUCGGUGAGCAGUAGUACCACAGGAAAUAGGAUGAAGGUGGCCCACCUAGAGUCAGGAUUGUGUUGUCCUUGUAAAUAAGGUUAGGAUUGGGGGAAGCGUAAUAUGAUCCUAGAUCUGUGCCUAAUGGCAACUUCUACCCAGAGAAACCUAGGUCGUAUUCAUUAGUGCGCGCCAUAGCAAAAUGUUUUGCAACGGAAAAUGAAAAUAAGCGUUUCUUAUUGGACAUGUACAGGUAGUUGUCCCUCCGUUUCAAUCAGUUUUCUUCCAUUUGGUGACGAACAAAGAUGACCCAGGCUUCUGUUUGAUUGGAUAUAAUGGACCUAUAUAAGAGUGUGUGCUGAUGAUUUGUCUGUCCCCUGCAGCUGGUGUGUUCUGUGCCAUCGUGUCCCACCCAGCGGACUCAGUGGUGUCUGUACUGAACAAGGAGAGUGGCAGCACCGCCGUCCAAGUGCUCAAGAAGCUCGGACCUAAAGGUGAGCGGACAACCAUAGGGCUUGUCUUACUGGCUGUACAGUUGGAGGUGCUGGAGUCAUUGGUGUGUGAGAGCAGUCUACCUGCCCCCCAGCGCCACUGCUGCACUGCAACCCUCAGUUCCACCAUUGCAGCCAGGCUGGGGGGUGGAUAACACUUGUUUUUGUCCCUUUGGAACAGUCCUGUAACAGUCGGUCUACUGAAUAUGGUCUUUUAAAUCUUGCAUUGUAUGACUGCCCAACAUUGGGUGUUUGGCCCGCUCAAAGAAACAUAAAAGCAGAUGUAAUUUAUUGAUACACUUCCAACACCUCACCUAAACAUCCCAUCUCCCAUUCUCUCCCCCUUUUAAGGUGUGUGGAAGGGCCUGGUUGCCCGUAUCAUCAUGAUCGGUACCCUGACCGCCCUGCAGUGGUUCAUCUACGAUUCCGUAAAGGUCUACUUCCGCCUGCCCCGUCCCCCUCCCCCUGAGAUGCCAGAGUCCCUCAAGAAGAAGCUAGGGCUCACUGAGUAA